CACGCCGAGAGAGAGAAAGAGCUUUCGGUUUCACUGUCGCCGUAGCGUCCUUUCUCUGCACGCUCCCAUAGCCAUAGCCAUAGCCAAAGCAGCUGGUCUUCAUCAAUCAUCAUCACCACCACCUUCUCCUCUCGUGCUGCGCUGCGCCGGCCUCUCAUUUAAAGCCCUCACCAACCUCUGCCGCCGCUGCCAUUGUUGCGCAGAGCCAUAGCUCCUUUCGUCUCAGCCUGUGGCUCAGAGUGCCAUCCAUUACAUUUCUUGCUGCGACUUGCAAGUACAGCCACUGGACCGAACCAGUGCUGGUGUUCUUAAAUUAGUGCAAGCCGCAGCGAAAAGGGUAGAGCGAGGUGAAGAUGGGUAGCAAUGGCGCUCUCGUCUGGCUUCUCUGCUGCGUCUGCGUGGGCGGCGCCUCGGCCUACUACUCGGUUCCGGCCGAUCCCAGACACCCCACGUGGCAACCUUCCCCUAGUCCUGGGCGCCGAGGCUACCACCACGGCCCUGCAGCGUCCCCGCGCCAGUACCACCACCACGGCAUCUCGCCGGCGCCAGCGUCGCCGCACUACUCCGCUCCUGCGCCGGCGUCGCCGCGCCACUCCGCUCCUGUGCCGGCGUCGCCGCACUACUCCGCUCCGGCGCCGACCGCCGGCUCCGACGACAUGCCGUCCCUCCCACCGCCGGCUACCCCAGUGUACUCCCGCGCUCCGGAGCCGCAGCAGACGACCACGACGCCGCACUUCGGGUUCCCGCUGGAGCCCACGGUGGGCGUCGCGUCGGCGCGUCCGGCGGGAGCUCCCGCCAGCGGAGAGGGGUACCCGUUCAUCGGCAGCAACCCCACCGUGCCGCUGCCCACCGGCGUCACCGACACCGCCACCGUGCGGCCGCUCCCCGACACAGGCGGCCACGCCGACGCCGACGGCAAGGUAGUGGGCCGUGCUGCUGCGCCCGUCCGAGCCCGGGCCGCCAUGAUUGGUCUCCUGGUCGUCUUCUCCAGCGUGCUGUUGUCCUCUUGUUCCUGGAGUAGCUAGCUGAUUGUCCUUGAUUGCUGUGUUAGCUGCGAGAUGUUUUUUUUUACCUGUCAUUAGUUGAAUGUAAAUAUGAGUGUGGACCAUGUCUUGUUUGGGUUAGCAUUAGCAUUUCACCUGCCUUCUAGGAAAAAAAUCAGGGACACACUGGAAAUACUGCACUCGUUUUGUCUGUC